AUGAAGCUCCUCACAGCCCUCCUCCUAGGAGUGGCCUCACAGUCUCUGGCAUACAACAUUCAUGGCAGCUGUGACUGCGGAAACCACCGAAUGGAUAUUAGGCAAGCAAUGGAAGAAGCAAAGUCUGUAUUGCAAUGGUCAAGUCAAACAGGAACAGCCUGUGCGAUGUGGGAGCGAAUGCACGAAACAGGCGAUGAGCCGACUUCGAUGUAUGAAACUUGCAAAGAUCAAGGUCGACGCAGUAUUUUGGAUGACUUUUUUGGAGAUCAUGGUGCUACAGCGUAUGAGGCUAUUGUCAAUGCUCUCGGUCCAGCAGCAAAGGUUCCAGGUGACUAUUCUGAAUCAGUGGAUAGGCUUACUGUUGUCUGUGGUGAUGGGCAUCUGAACAAGAUCACUACAGGUGUCUACAGAGACCGGGAUCGUGGAUAUGCAGAUGUGCGAUUCAAUCCUGCACCUGGGCCAAACCAGACGCCUUGCGAUGUGGUUCAUGCUAUUGCAUACCACACUAAUGAUGGGAAUGUGGUUAUGCUUUGUAACAAACCAUCGACUGGUGUGAACCAGCAGGCAACAUUCAGUCAACUGAACACGAGAGAUGUCCGCGGCAAAAAUGUCGAUCUGCUGUCCAAGACUAUUAGUGCGGUCUUCACGCAUGAGCUGAUUCAUGCUGGCAAUUUCGAUCAGUUCCCGAGAGAUUUGGGUGGCGGCCAGGCGGAGGUAUACAACUAUGCAGGUUGCAAAAGUCUGGUGAACGAAGACACCAAGUGGAAAAACUGUGAUACAUUCGCUAUCAUUGCACGCUUGUUUUACCUGAACAACUACUACUCUGCCGAUGGACUGCUCAAAGCACUGCCAAACAAGUAUCGUCCAACAAAUCCCAAUGAACCCCCGACGGUACCACGCUAG